GUUGAUUGUUUUUGUGUGUGUGGAUGCAGUGGUGGAUGCCGGAAUUGAAGUUAAUCCACUAAUGAAUGACAAAUGACAGGACAUGAUCCAGCAGGCGAUAAACAAAAAUUGAAAAAUCCAGUAGAAAUCUCCAGUUUCCAGUUUUUAUAAAGAUCAAGAUCUAAAAUUUAUUUAGCUGAUAAUUAUUAGUAAUAACAAAAUGUCUUUUAACUUCGGAACUCCGCCUAAUACAAUGGCACCGCCUAAUGCAACUGCACCGCCUAAAGCCGCUACAGGAUUCACUUUACCCUCUUCGACCCCAGUUUCAGCUGCCUCAGGUGCUCCAGGCGGUGGGUUCGCGUUCAACUUAAGCCAAACACCCGGUGCAGGUGACAACAAACAAACACCCUCACUAUUUUCCCAAUUUAAACCUGCUACACCAGCAACACCAACUGGCUUGAAUUUCAAUUUAGGACAAGCACCUAAAACAGCUGCACCCACUUUAUCAUUUGGAACACCCACUGCUCCUGCAACAACUGGCGCUACAGCAGGAUUUGGUGGUUUUGGAUUGGGAACUGCAGGUAAGCGUCCAGCUCCUGCUUCUGUAACAUCUACAGCUGCAACCAGUGUGCCAGGACUUCAGUUCAGCUUCAGUUCACCAGCUUCUGCAGCUGCAACAACUGCCACAACUACUUUCACUCCUAUUGUUGGUUCCACUGCAACUAGCACUAUAAAUGUUCCAGCAACAGCUCCAACUUCCAGUGCUCCAAAGCUGGGAUUAGGUGUUGCACCUACUACUACUACUCCGGCAACCACAGGAUUUUCUUUGGGUUUAGGUAGUACAGCUGCCACUACAACAACUGUUACUUCAGCUCAGUCGACAACUUCUACAGCAGCCACUACAACCACUGGAUCACUGACUUUUGCCCAAUUAGAAGAUGCAAUCAACAAAUGGACUAUUGAUUUGGAAGAACAAGGAAAAUUCUUUAUCAAUCAAGCUAAGCAGCUUAACGCUUGGGACACUUUAUUGAUUUCAAAUGGUGACAAAAUUCUGAAUUUGAACACCAACAUUGUAAAAGUACAGCAACAACAAUCCCAACUAGAUCAGGAAUUGGAUUUUAUUAGUGCUCAACAAAAAGAACUGGAAGAACUCCUGGUGCCACUAGAAACAGAAUUAAUGGAUGUUCCUGCGACUGAUAUCAACAGGAACCAAAUGUAUCAGUUUUCAGAAAUAAUUGAUUCACAGCUUAAACAAAUUUCUGAUGAUCUAAAAGAAAUCGUUGAAAUAAUUAAUGGUUCAAAUAAAGACCAGGACACUUCAAAUCCAAUUCAGCAAGUAAGUAAAAUUCUGAAUUCUCAUAUGCACUCCUUACAAUGGAUCGAGAAAAAUACCUCAGAAAUUAGUAAGCAAAUUGAAGAACUUUCCAAGAUGGAUGAAAACACUAGAAAAAACAUCAGUUUUAAUGGUUCUAAUUUGUAUCAGUGAUUUUUAGGCUGAAAUAAUAUUGUAUUUUUUUUAAGGGAAUAAUUUUUUCAUCUCUAAACGUUUUUUUAUUUGUAAAAAGAAGCUAUAUUUGUAAUGAUAAUUAUCAAUAAACAAUCAUUAAUAUGGACA